AUCACAGUGAGGGACUGCGUGCAGGAUCAGCAAUGUAGGGAGGACUAAGUGGUAUGCUUGACUUAACAAUUUUACUUUGACUUUCGCGACACAUUGUGGCUUUCUGAAUUCUAGCACCUUUGCCUUCUCCUGAAUUCUAGCGUCAACAUUUCCUUUACUGAAUUCUAGCACCAUUUCCUUUUUUCUGUUUUGUUCUCCCCAGGACAGAUUAUUGCAACAUCGCUGCUUGGCCAUAUUUUGGAUUUUGGUCAUGCCUUCUUUCGUCUUAUUCAUGUCUUCUUCUAUGAUACGCGUUGAUAGUCUAUUAAGUCUUAAUUAUGCUAGAGAUUUUUGCUUGGGACUGAUCCGUAUCCGACGUCAAAAAUCAUACAGAUUGACAGGGGAGGGAGGGUCCUAGAUCUCACAUCUCCAACGUACAACAUCAACUCCAAAAUGUCUUUGAUCAUUCGAAGCGGACUCCUACGACCUUCGCUGCAGAGCAAACUGUUAUGGUGUUGAGUCUACAUUCUGCUACAACAUAUAUCAAAUGUUAGCGCUUUUCCUGCAGGUAGUACGAGUCAAGAUCAAGUUCUCUUGAUGAAAUGUAGAAUCUUCAUUUUGUUCAAACAACUUUCUCCUGCCACCUCUCUAAACAUCCGCAUCGCAUUCACCUUACUCUCGGCGCCCCUCUUCGGGGUGGAGGGACUUGGUCAACAGAAGGAGGAACAGAUCAUCGGCGACUGGUACGGUGUUCCGAAUGAGGUCGCUACUGGCAGUCCGUCAAAUGCUUUCCUGGAAGUCAAGGACACUUACCUCGAGGAGCUGGUAAUCGAUAUUUUCAAUGAACUGAAUACUAAGCUUGAAGAGGGAGAACUCAGCUCCGAAAAUGUUUCCGAAGUGAUACAAAGACAGUGUGCGAGGUAUGACUGGGAGCAGCUCAGGAAAGAGGCCGCACAACUGACAAAACCGCAGUCCUUGCCUUAUGGUGGCACGAUGCCAAUGCAUACAGCUCGCCAGGGGACCCGGUGUAUGGUCGUGACUCGCCUACAGCUGCCUCACAAGGUGCAAGCACUCCGGGAGCCCCCCUCCCUUGAGGUCCUCCACCUUUCUGCAGCCCACCCGCGCCGCGCCUCCCCUUCUCGUCUUCGGCCGAUGCUUCUUCAGCUGAACUCCCUGGAGCGAGGGCCGCCGUUGUGAGUCAGGCUCAGGCGCAGGCCGGCGCUGCCGUCAGACC